AUUUAUACGUUUUUUUUAUUCAGAUGUCAAUACAGAAAUGUCCGCAUAUUAAGAAUUUGAGUGAAGAACGAUUGUCAGAAUUUUACAAUGUCAUUUACGCAGUUCGGCAGCCCGGGGAAGGAGAAUACGAUUCCAGUAAAGAUUUUCGGACGAACACGAAAUGUCAGACCUGCACGGAGAUGAUGGGCCGACUCCAUGUAUGUUUACAUUGCUCAUACAUCGCUUGCUCUGCUAACCGACACAUACAGAGUCAUCUUAAGCAGUCUUCCCAUGACUUCGCUCUGGAGUUCAGCUACGGUCCGAUCUACUGCGCCCUAUGCGAGGACUACGUGUAUGAACCGAAGCGGGAUGAAAUGCUGCGGGUAUACCGGAAACGGAAGCUAUCUGCUCUGUCUGUUCUUUCUCCUUCGGUCGCGCUCACCGUUGACGCAUCGGCUCAAACUCGAACGUCCACUUCCGACAACAACAACAGUCUAGUGCUCAACAGCGUGGCGAAACGCGAGUACGACGAUAACAACGGUCCUCCGUCUGCAUCUUCGUCGUCUUCUGCGUCUGCUGACUCUUCGUACUUCGUGCUCAACUUGGGCGCGAGUGCGGAGAAUGGUCAGAUCAAUUACAUGGCAUACCAUAACAAGCGGAGGCGCAUUACCAAGAAUUGUACCUACGGGCUGCGAGGGCUCAUCAACUUAGGAAGUACGUGUUUUAUGAACUGCAUCAUUCAGGCGCUGAUCCACACGCCGAUCCUGAGUGAAUACUUUUUGUCCGAUCAACAUUUCUGCUACGGAAAAGUCAGGAAACAAUGCAUCGUUUGUGAAGUUGCCAAGUUAUUUCAGGAAUUUUUCUCCGGGUCGAAGCAGCCAUUGGUGCUUGCGAGAAUGUUGCAUCUAGUCUGGACGCAGGCGAAACAUUUGGCGGGCUACGAGCAGCAAGACGCUCACGAGUUCUUCAUUGCUGCUCUAGACGUCAUGCAUCGACACUGUGACGGUGUCGAUGGUGCUUCGUCUCGUCAAAAUCAUGGCCAGUGCACUUGCAUCAUAGACAGAAUUUUUACCGGUGGACUCCAAUCCGACGUCGUCUGUUUGAAGUGCCAGAAUGUUUCAACUACAAUCGAUCCUUUCUGGGAUAUCUCGCUUGAUAUCGGGUCAGACGUGGAUUCUACCCCGAAAACGUUGAUCGAGUGUCUGGAAAGAUUCACGCGGCCCGAGCAUUUGGGCACUGCGGCGAAGAUCAAUUGUCGGGCGUGUGGCAGUGCGCAGGAGUCGACGAAGCAACUUACUAUGAAAACGCUGCCAUUUGUAGCAUCGUUUCACCUCAAGCGAUUCGAACAUUCAGUGAAGAAUCAGACCAAGAUCUCGACGCACAUUUCCUUUCCGGAGCAUUUGGAUAUGACGCCUUUUGUGUCCUCGCGUCGUUCGUGCUCCAACUCCGGUACCGAAAACUCUUCCGAGAUCUCAUAUGGUGAAAAUGUGUAUUCAUUGUUUGCUGUGAUCAAUCACAUCGGAGUGAUUAGCAGCGGCCACUACAUUUCCUACGUUCGCCACCAAACUAAUGAUUGGUUCAAGUGCGAUGACGAUCAGAUAACCAAGGCCAAGUUGGCGGAUGUUCUCAAGUCCGAGGGAUACGCUUUGCCGCGGAGUUUGUUUGUGAUCCGGCAAAAAGUGGAGCUAAAGGUCCGUUGUGUGCGACGAAGUUCUCCGUGUGAUGAGCUGUUGCUUGUGAAGCGGUUCCCUGGCAAAGAAGCUCGAAAGCGGGAGCUGAAAAAGAAUAAGAAGCAGCGGAUGAUGGUCCGAGCCGCUGUGUUGAAGAACAAGGACCCGUUCCAGAUUUUGAAUGAUCUGGAAGAAAUUGAUAAAAUGGAAUUCAGCGUGAAUCAACCGGCUCCAUUGAAUGAGAAAGUUUUGAAGGAGAAGCGCAAGAAACUGCGGGAGACGCUGGAUCGCGUUCUGAAGCUUUAUGAGCGAGAAGAUAAUGAGAAAUGGGUCGAGCUGCGCCGCCGAGAAGCCGACUACAAUAACCGUCGGUCCAAGUUGGUGGAGUUCUACGAGUCGGUGAUGUCGGCGCAGCAAGUGUCCGUCGACGAGAUUCCUUUGCCCACGGCGACGACAGGCUUACUCCCUGGGACACCUGCCCCAGCGGCGGCGUCCCAGAUGCUUCCUCCUAUGCAACUGCAACAGCCGUUGCAGCAAAUGCCGCUGCCUUUGCCUGCCCAGAUUCCACUGCCGCCUCGGAAUUUCGAUUUGCGGCCCCCGGGAGAACCGCCGCUUCCGCCACCACCUCCUGGAGUUUUGAUGUCAUCAGCUGUGCCCGGGAUCUUGAAGAAACCUGUUCCGAUUGAAGUACCCGGUGUACCUCCCGGACCACCUCCGAGUUUGAGUGACUUCGAGAGCGACGAAGAAACGGAACAGAAUGACAGAAGGCGUGGCAGAGACGAAGUGGUUGUACCAGGAUUCGAAGCAGAAAUAGAUUUUUCGAAAAACCGCAGUCGAGUUCGCGAUGAGGACGGGGAUCGAUCCCGAAGACGAGACAGGAAACGACGAAGCCGGUCGAGAUCGCGAAGCAGAAGCCGGGAACGUGACAGGGACAGAGAACGAGACCGUGAUCGAGACAGGGACAGAGACCGCGAUAGAGAAAGAGAUCGGGAUCGUGACCGAGACGACCGGAAACGGAAGCGUUCAGUCCGGUUUGAAGAAGACGACUCGAGGGAUCCGAGGCGUUCGAAGCGCGAAGAUGGAGGCGAAGAUCGAGCUUCGAGUAGUGACGAAGAGGAUCGUCGACGACGUCGUGAUGACGAGAAGCAACGGCCGGAAGUUCUCUCGUCUGUGCAACAGAAGAUGCUUGCCAUGGCUGGACAGGACAUUGACGAUUUUAUGAAAGAGCUGGAAGUCGUUCACAAGGAGAAGGAGGCGAAAAAAGAGGCGCGGUUGAAAGAUGGUACCGUGACGGAGACUGCGCCUACCCCGGCAGAACCAUCAAAAAGAAUGGUUCCUCCGCCUCCACCACCGCCUCCAGGACCUCCGCCCAAUGUUCCGCAUAUGGCAAUGCCGCCGAUGAUGUACCACCAUCCGAUGCAACCCCGUCCGCCGCCGCCACCGCCGAUGGGAAUGCGAAUGCCGGCAGGUCCGCCGCCACCACCUCCUCCCGGGUCGCACAGGCCGAUGGGUCCGAUGCGGAUGAUGCGUCCUCCGCCGCCGCCACCAGGAAUGCCGCCACGACUCACGGCCCCGAUGCCCAAGGGUCCUCCACCUGGUGCAGUGGUGGCAUCUGCUGGGCCGCAAAUUAACAGACGGCCAAUGGAAGCGGCUGCUGCUGCUUCGGCUCCAUCUCGGCAACAACCUGAGGCAGAUCUCGCUGGAGACGGAACGAAGCCUGUGGCGCCCACGAGGCGACAGGUGGGCGCCACUCUAGAAGUGAAGCCUGUUAUUAGGAAUAUGAGUGCAGAAGUGACGAGAUUAGUCCCGGUUGCCGUGAGAGUGAAGCGAGACGAGAAAUUCAAGAAGGGCAUUGUCGGGCCUCAGAAGCCUUCUAUCGGACCGGAUCUACACGCCACCAAAACUGCUGCUCAGAAGUCGAAAGACGAUGCUUACCUGCAGUUCAUGAAAGAAAUGGAAGGAAUCCUGUAAACGUGUGGAAAUUUACUGGAGAAACAAAUCCGUGGCGACUGAAGUCGUUUUGUAUGCUGAGUGGUGUUUACGUCGUUUUCUUGCUGGAAGGAAAAAAAAAAGUAUCUCCGCCGUGUUCAGUUUUUGUUUCCCCUUGAGUCUUGUUUUUCCUCUUUCACGCUGUUUUUUUUAUUAUUUGAAGUUGUCGAACACUCACAGCAAUUACAAAUGUUUUAUGACGCCUG